AUGUAUCCAGGCUCCACACCACACACCACAUCGCAAACCUCGGCACCGUCGCUGCUUGCGCAAGCUCCAAAGCUCUCACCACCGUCGUCCACCUCGAGAAACGCCUCUCCUAUCCGACGGCCGCUGCAUGAACGUUCCAAUUCGCAGACCAAUCAGUACGCCGGCUCCACGAUCCGCAUAGUCGAGGAUUCCGACGACAAGAUCUAUAGCAAAUUCCCAACACCCAGUGAGCCCUCGCAAAUACUGCCUCCGCCUCGUCAUGCGCCGGGUUACGGGUUUGAGAGGCCGGGGUCUCGCGUUUCAAGUGGAAGCCAGGUCGCCAGUACCAUCGCAAAGUUCGAGGCCUCCAGGUCCGUGGUGCCACAGCCAGCCUUACAGCGAAAGAAACCCUUCAGUUCCAGACACCACUCGGUCUCGACUAGCACCUCAGAUGCCGAUACCCUCGUAGCAUCGUCCUUCUCGCCAUCCUCCACGAGAUUUUCUCAAGGAACCACGCCCGCCUCAUCUCCCCCACCCGAGUUAACCGAAUUCGACAAGGGACUGGAGGUACUCCAGGAAGAGGCACCCAUCUUUCACUUCCCUUCUCAGAGACCGACGAUCCGGGCUGUUCCCCCUUCCUCUUCUGGUGGGGAAUCGUUGGAAAGUCGUACGCGCGCAUUAACGCCCAAGGCCUCUGCUGCAUCAUUUGCACCGACCGUUCCUGCAACUUCACCCCCUUCAAUUAGUAAUGCCGGAAACCCGUCAAGUGUCAGUGUCAGCCGCCCAUUACCGAGAGGGCACAAGCACACCCUGUCUUCCGAAUCCGAAAAACGGCGGGUUGCGUUCGCUGGUGACUCUGAUUAUCAACACCCUGUACUAAAUCCACAGCCAUCUACAGAAUCUUUUGCAUAUUCUGAUAUAUCCUACACCAGCAUCGAACCAACAUUUACCCAGCCUCCUUCGCCUACUCUUCAUGAAGCACGCACAGCCACUCUCGCGAGCGGAAUCCGAAUCAGUUAUCCUAUUGUACGCGCACCGUCCGCCAGCGGCUUGCGCGCUGAAUCCCAGAACGCACCUAAUAUUGCAUCCCGAAUGCAAGACCGCUCGCUCGUCCACCAAUGGAGCUCCCAACUAUCCACAAUCCCGUCCAUGUCCGAGCGCGACUCGCGAUCGCUUCCCCGAGGCUCACGAUCAUUUGGCGCAAGAUCGCAGUCGCAAGAUAGCUAUACGGGGAACGGGCGAACCCAUGUGCCACGGAGGAGAGGACAGACAGUCGGGAGCGCACAGUCAUCCUCGGACAAUGUCUCUUCAGAAGGACAAACGGAGUUUUCAGCAGUACCCCGGCCUUUGUUCUCCCCCGUCUCAAGAUCCUCAUCGACCGAAGAGUUGGACUACCAUAGCGAGCAUCUGGACACAAUCUCUCCGUUACCCACCUCUGUCCCGCUACGGAUGAAGAACUCAGGCUACCUGAGGAGACAAAACAGCGAUGCAGGAUCAGCGACCGACUCACGGCCUGGUUCUGCUCAUUCUGAUAUCUCCACUUUCAUCCACAAUGCCAUUCCAGCAUGGGCAAGAGUAUACUACCAACGAGGCGAACGAAUAUCGGGGGGUGCUCCAGAGUCAGAGUCCACUGGCAGUAUACGAUUGGGCACGUCGCAUAGUGGACGUUCCAACACGCCUUCGGAGGCCAACUUUCCACUGAGUAUCUAUCGGCCGCGCAAUCGCCCACGAAACCGAGUUUCACAACCAGACACGCUAUCCUUAUCCGACGAAAUACAACACAUUGACGGUGACGUCUACGUACUCGGACCUAAUAUGCAUCCCUUGAGUGGUUACUCAACUCCACACCUUCGAACAGACCGGAGAGGGCAAACACGCUACAGCGCAUGGAAAGCGCCGUCCCUGGAUUCCGAUCUGAACAGAACGCUCUUCGGUCGCCAAAAUAGACAAAUCCUGCUUUUCUGCCUAGGCUUCAUCUUUCCUCUCGCAUGGAUUAUUGCAUCCUUCCUACCCUUACCUCUCGAUCCGAACCUUGCAAGCACCCCCAGCCAAGCCGAUAUAGAACAGCAGUUCGCCCAGCAAUUUGGGCCGACUGACGACAAGGCUUUCCAAAAGGCGACUUGGUGGCGCAAUUUAAAUCGUAUCAUGUCUGGCAUCGGUACCCUCCUCAUCGGUUUAAUUAUUGCAUUAUCAAUCCUUGCAUCGAGGAUGUGA